AUGAACAAAGAAAAAAAGAUCCUUAUUGUUGGGGCAGGCGUCUUCGGCCUCUCAACAGCUUUGGAGCUCAGCCGUCGCGAGUACAACAACAUUCUCAUCCUCGAUCGCCAUCGCCCGCCAGUUCCUGAUGGCUCUUCAGUCGACAUAUCCCGUAUCGUCAGACCAGAUUAUGCAAACAAAUUUUACGCUCGAAUGGGCAUGGAAGCCCUAGCCGGGUGGCAAAAAGACUUCUCUCCAUUCUUUCAUCGCAGCGGUCUGCUUUGCGCCCAAUCCGGAACAGAGUUUGGCAAUGCUUAUCUGAAGGAAGCGAAAGCGAAUCUUGAAAGUAUCGGUGCUGAGGUCAACCUUUGGGCAUAUACUGGCACAGAAGCGAGCGAGAGGUAUCCUGGUAUUCAUGGCGACUUGGCCCAGACGAGUGGCUACUGUAACUUGGAUGCUGGGUGGGUCGAUGCUGCAAAGAGUGUUGAACACCUAGCUAGCCUAUGUGAAGAUGCUGGAGUUACAUUUUUGGUUGGUGAGGAUAGCACUGUCACCGGUCUUGUCACAGCCGACAGUUACGAUGGGAAAACAAUCACCGGAGUACGAACAGCGAAUGGAGAAGUUUUGGACGCUGAUGCAGUCAUCAUGGCUACUGGAGCCUGGACACCACAUCUCAUCGAAGCUGAAAACCGUUUCAUCUCGACCGGCCAGCCUGUCGGCUAUAUGCAGUUGAGUCCUAAAGAAGCAGACGAGAUGCGAGGAAGCCCAGUGAUGAUCAACUUGAGCACUGGCUGGUUCGCUUUUCCCCCAACCUCUGGCGAUAACAUCUUGAAGAUGGCAAGACAUGGCUAUGGCUUUGAAACAACACAUACCUCAGGUUCUGCUCGAUACUCAGCACCUAACCUGUCCUCGCAGGCUGACUACCUGCCUGCCGAUGCAGAACAAGCUUUGAGAGAUGGGCUUGCGCUCUUCCUACCUAGAUACAAAGANCCCUUAAUAACUAGUCCUAGUGCGUUCAAGUUUCUACCUAUCCUGGGCGGCUAUGUCGUUGAUAGCUUUGAGGGAGUCGCAUCAGUAGAGCAGGAAGAGAAGUGGAAGUGGACAGAGAGUGCUACCCCAAUCAUGCCUGGAGAUGGCAGUCGUGGUGGCCCUCCGAGACGAGUGCUCACAGAAGAGGAACAAUCUCGGUUGCAAUAA